CUUGCCGUUUGUUGAGAAGAAGCCUAGCUAGGGGAGAGAGAGGAAUCAUAGGCGGAGGAAGGAACAAAAAAAAAAAAAAAAGGGGGGGUUCGAGAAUAUCUGGGAAGGCGAAAGAAAGAAACUGAACAGAUAUCACCAGCAGCUUGCACCGUCUCUUCCUUGCGUAAAGGCUCAGCUUCAUAUACAACAUCUUUAAAUCACUCAGUGCCUGUGCUUGACUUCAUCUCCACCAGUGAAGAAAAGAGUCGUCCACCAGCAAGAUAGAAGAAAAAAAAAACCCCAACUUUAAAUCCUACUACAUUUCAAGCUUCAAGAGUUUCUCAAGUUUGCCACCAUUAAAAAAUAGUCCUUCAGCAGUGUUCAUUUCUUCUUGCAUUAAGACGGUCCAUCUAGACGAGCUGUAACCAGAAUCGUUAUGGCCUCCAUCACACAGCCAGCCAACCCGGACAUCCCCGACAACCACAGAGAGAGCUGGCUCUCCCUCAUCUCUGCUAUGGAAACCUACUGCCAAAAGUCAGGCUGUGACCUGGCCAUAAUCUCAGCGUGUAAGAAGUUCCAAGCAGCCGAUGGAGAUAGCGCAAGGAAGCAGGACAGUAGCAGUGCCUUUCCUAGGGAAUGUAAUUACUCGUAUAGCGUGUGGGGUCAGGGGUUUCUGGCCGAGUCAGCACGCCGCUACAUUGAUGACAUUGGUGUGUUGCACUCUAUGACCAUGCUGACAGCCCAAAGACAUACCCGGCAGGCAGACGGAGAGGGAGGAGCCAAAGUGGGGCUUGACCAGACCUCUGACGCUGGACACAGGGGGGGUUUUACUGGGGACAAUGGAGUGGGUGGAGUCAGUCCCAAUGGACGGCUCUACUCCCAAAGCUACCCUUCAAUCUAUAGCCCAGGAGUUCCAACCAGACACUCUUCUGGGCGAAACGUAAACGGAGAGCGUGAGCGGGACAAGAGUGCGUUGGUAGCGACUGAGCAAGGGAGACAGAGGGCCGGGAUUGUGGAUUUGGAAGAAGAGGAUGAGGACGAAGAAGAAGAUAUGGAUGAGAGGAGACCCUACGAAAAUGAAAGUGCUGGUGUUUUUUCUAUGGAUGAGGAUUCUCUUUCUCGAGACUGUGAACCUUUUUUUGAGUCUGAUGGGGAGGAGGAGAGUACUGAUGGUUCAUUGAGUGAAGAUGCCCCUCCGCCCUCACACACCAUGGCUAUGGGUUAUGUCCCCUAUGCAUCACGCCACGCUCACCCAAUGGCUCUGGCUCGCUCCCUGCCAGUAUCUGUGCCUGUGUGGGCCUGCCGAGGAAACAGAGCUGCUCAGGGUGAUGGCCACAGCGGAGAACGGGUGGGUUGUGCCGACCUGGAGCACAUUGCUGCCAGUAUGAAGGCCUUGCUGGCUCCUGGAGCCACUGAUGGGACUGAGAUGUUUGGGGCCCUGCCCCGGCCCCGUCUAAACACAGGAGACUUCUCCCUCAAGCACUGAGAAAGACAGGAAGAGCCAACGUGAAGGGGAUAGAGGGAGAGACGUACCUCUGAGAGGAACUGUGAGCCUUUUUGGGCUUGCAGACGUGAUGUUGACUUUGUGAAACAGCGCGAAAGCUAGUACCCCCAUUUAUUUAUCGCUAACCAAAAUUAACAGCACAUUCAAGGAGUAAGUGAGGGAAAAAAAAAAAAACACUGUUGAUAUCAACACUAAUGCCCCGUCUCACCACUGUACACCCCCGUCACUACACGGUUUAAUUCUACACUACAUACGUAAGGAUCAGAAACCGACUGCACCAUCCACACUGACACACGGCGUCUCAUCGACAGUGUGUGGUGCUCCUGGAAAAUUUGGUUAAAUAAUCUGUUGAGUGACGAAGUGCCGACAUAAUAGGCAGCAGUUCCACAGCUUCUACAGAAUUAAAAGUUGUGAAGCUGAAGCUUGGAUUAAUUUUGACUCAACAGUAACCAACUUUGUGGAAUGUAAAAGUUUAUCAAAAUAUAUCAACCUUUUUAAAUGCUUUACUGUUUUAUUUUGUCUUAAAGCAGCUGUGCAGGAAGUCUAAAUU